UUUGGGGCCGAUGUCCCGAUGGUGCACCGCCGGCGCAGCAUUGCCGCGGAUGCUUGCUUGACAUGACAGAGCGCGUCCGACGGCAUGGUAGAUACCUCGUCAGGCUGAGAUUGCUGCCAUGUCUCGGGCACGAGGUGUAACCGAAUCCGGUUUCGACAGCGACUCGCCGGCAUGAUCACGCCCAAGUCGCUGGUCGAUGUCGCGAACGACAGUCACAAGAAGGCGUCGGAGACAGCUAGCCAGGACAAAAUCGCCGACGCCAGUACCCACAUAUCGACUCCACAUGCUGUUGGUGGUACGGACAACGUGCCUGUCAACAAGUCGCCGUCGCUCAUGGACGUUGCCAAAGGACACGCCAAGCCAGCUCUGACGUCGUUGGUGCAGGUCGCACAGUCGAAUUCGCCCCCCACCACUGUCACCGCGACCCCGUCGCUCAUGAGCGUUGCUGCCAACAACUCCCCCAAGACCCUCCAGAGCACGGUGGAACCCUCCGCGCCGCGCAAGUCCCUCGCCGCUUCAGUGGCAGCCACCGCAUCUCCGAGCGAUUCCAAUGCGCUCGUGGCAGUGGCGACCAAACUGCGGGAGGACCCGACGUCGACAUUUGGCAAAUCUGUUAAGUUGGCUGACGUCGCUGCAAAGAUGGACAAGGAAAGGGCCGUGGAAAUCUCGCUUGCGCUGCAGGACGCUUCUGUCGCCGUCAAAGCGGAGAGCGACGCCGUUGCUCAACAAGUGCUUCCGCAACUUGUCAAGGAAGUGAAGCAACAAGUGGACACGAUCAAGAUAGACCCAGUGAAGGCAGCGUUGAGCGCCGCAGCGAUGGAAGUCAAGGACGAGGCCAAGGUUCUGGCACACAACCAAACGGCAGCUGUGCUCCAGGCGUGUGCGACCGAAGUGAAACAGAAGGCGGCGGUGCCAAUAGCCCAGCACCUGCCGUCCUCCCCAACCUACAGCCAGGGCGACGACUUCGAAGAUGAAGAGUCGGUCAAAUCCAUGCAUACCAAGAAGGCGGCGGCGGUGAACAAUCAGAGUGAAGAGAUCGCCGAGAUCGAGCGCACGUCGGUGUCCACGGACAAAAGCCAUCGAGAGUUCCUUCUCGCGGUGUUCCGAGGGAAUAUGCAAAAGAUCCGCAGCUUGAUGGACGCGGACGCCGACCUGAUCCAUGCAACGGACCAACAUGGAUGGAAUGCGCUCCACUGGGCCGCGUCGCAAGGCCACGGAGACGUGCUCAAGUACUUGCUGCAGAAAGGUGCGAUCGCACAUGCCGCGGAGCCGGUGAACUUGUGGUCACCCCUUCAUGUUGCUGUGAUUCGAGCCCAUGUCGCGUGUGUGAAGCUACUGAUGGACAACGGCGCCAUGACUUCUGUCAAGCAGAAGGACGUGUACGGCGAUCGACCUGUAGAUUGCGCAGCAAACUUGGCUGGACGUAGACGGAUACAGAUCCUCGCAACGUUGAACGUCGAGGGAAAAGAUACAUAGGGAUUACAUGGAAAGCAAGGAAGGUGUCUAUCUACGAGGUGUGAUCGUCCGCCGACUUGCAGGGUCGCAAGCGACGUACGAGCAGCAACAGGAUCGGCUUACGACGACGCGCCGAACGACCCGACGUUGUCCUUUUUGUCGGAUUUCUCUACCUUGACGCUCUCCCGGUACUUUUGGAGGUACAACUUGAGGGGUUCUACGUACGAAUCGAAGCCCAAGGUGCUCAUCGCCCAGAUGAUGUCGUCACCGUUGAUCGUCUUUCGCUUUUCUUGCUGGCACUUGUCACUUGCUUCAGACGUGAUGAACGAAAUGAACUCGGACACGCACUCCUGUACGGUUUCCUUGCCAUCCUUGGCGAUCUUGGCGGUGUUCGGAAGGGAUACCUUCAUGAUACGGGAGAUAUUGGCCGUGGGGAGGAAGCGAUCUUGCUCGCGGAUCUCGUCGUCGUUCAUGUCGUCCUUGCUGCUCAUCGUACUCGGGUUGGGUGGCGAAGGUGAGAAUGCUGGGACGCCAC